AUGGGGAAAGCACGUCCUGUUAAAAGAAGAACUCGUUCAGGAUGUUUAACAUGCAGAGACAGACAUAUGAAGUGUGAUGAACAGUUACCUGUUUGUCAGAAUUGUAUUAAGUCGCUGAGAAAGUGCUAUAGAGGUGUAAGGCUCAACUUCAUUCAGUAUAGCUUCUAUGACCCUAAUGAUGACGUUCAGUUAGGAAAGUCAUUUAGAAUAUUGGACCAGUCAGUAACAAUUGCUAAGUUAUAUGAUGGGAAGAGGCACUACAGGCCUUACCUUGGGUUACAUUCAAAAGAGGAUUUAAAAGAGAGUGAUGAAAUCUUCAAAAUGGAAUGUGAAAAUGGAACAGGAAUAUCAUUACUUGAUGGCGAAUUCUCGGGUGAGUUUAUACUGGGGAAUCGUAGUCUUCCAAAUGGCAGUGUGCCAAAUGGUGGAAGAAGCAAAAGUGCAGGAGAUACAAGAGCCGCACUUGUCUCAAACAGCCCUCAAAUUGAAGGUGUGAAACUCGACGACGAUUUAGGCGUCUUGGAUGAGAAGGUGAACAAAGGUCCCCUUAAUAAGUAUCGUUUGAGCUCCCGGCCGCAUUCAAGACUCUCCAAUGAAGAUAUGUCAGGAGGAUUUACUGCUCCAAGGCCUCAGACUUCGAUCGAUAGUCCAUUUUUUAGUGAAGACUUGAUGAGUACACUUGAAAUGCCUAACAUGUCUUCUACAUUCAGCAUUCAAAACUUCUUGGUAAAGCCUCAGCAUGAAGUGGAGCUUCCUAACUUAUCAAGCAGCAAAAUUAUAUUCGAUAACCCGAACUUUGAAUUUGAUGUACAUAAAUUCAUCAGGCUCAUGGACUUUGAACGUUACUAUUGGCUUUUGGACUUAUUCAAUGAGUUGAAUAUCUGGAAGAGUUUGGUACCUUCGUAUUGUGUUAGUUUGGUGAAUAAUCAUAUGGAGAACACACAAGUAGUGGGAAAUACAUUCUUGAUGGAGUGCUUGUUAAACUGUUCACUUGAAAACGUGGGUCAAUGGGAUCAUUCUGGUAACAUCUAUCGUACUCAAUUGAAGCUUUUUCAUUUUUCACGAAAGCUUCCAGUGAGCAUGGAUAAUGUGAAGUUAUUCGAAAUUCUAUUCAUAUCGAUUGUAUUGAUCCUAUUGAAGUUGUUAAACCGCAUAGUAUUUCAGAAUGAUCUCAAUGAUAUUCACGUGGUAUUCAACAACCAGGCUCGUAUUUUCAACAAAUCAGUGUACAAGCUUUUUCACACUUCUUCAACCAAGCAGAGGAAGCUUAGAUCCGCAGUAUUGGUUAGCUGCUUACAAUCGACUUCAAUAUUGAAGUUUUUAAUCAAUAAGAAUAUCGAGUCCCACCAAUACUCCAACAAUGAUACCCCUAAUGACGAUGUUCUCGAAUCUAAAGAGGACAAUAAUAGAGAUAAUGACACUAACGAAAGCUUCGACUUGGAUGGAGACGCAAAUGGUGCCCUCCAAGCUGCACAAGGCCUAAAGAAAGAGCCUGGCUUGUCACCUACAGGCUUGGAAUAUUCCUCUCCAUCAAGUAUAGAUUCUGCUGCUUGGGAAGAGGAUAUGGAAGAGGAUAUUGAAUAUAAUCACGAGGAGUACGCAACUAUCAAAAAACUCAAUUAUUUUGAGGUUCAGAACUUGUUCUCAGACUUUUUUGAUUUUGAUUUCCCCCAAAUUGAUGAUCAGUUCACUUCCAAUGCUCUGAAGUUGAGAAGAAUAUUCUGGUACUUAAUGAGGUUAGACUAUUCAUCAAAGUUUCCUGCUUUUAAGACAUUUGAUAUCAAGAACAAUUUUGAAAUACCACAAUAUCCAGCAUUUCAUUCCAACAUUAUAUUCCCGAAUGAUCAAUUGACCUUGAUUGUUUUAUUGAGUAAGUACCUACUUCUAGCUUUGGAGCAAGGUGAUACAAAUCCUUUAAAAUUACAAGCACAAGAAAAUGGCGACACAAAUCUAACUGCUAGUCUCAAUAGCACUUUUGAGGUGAUUAACAAUUCCAUGAUCACUGACUCUCAGAAACGUGUAUGGAUUGGCCAUUUUGGUUGGAUGCUCAAAUAG